AUGACGAGGUCCAGAUGUCCUAUACGUGACCGGGUUUGCAACUGCCACCCGAGUGUCGUUUUUAAUCCCGCCACUAGAUGGCGCCGAAGCUUUCCUCUUUCGAGGGUUCAGCCGCUCAUCAUCUCUCACUCUGGCGCGCGUAGAAAGAGAGUCUGGCCCACGCGAGAACCUCAGCUAGGAUUCGGCAAAGACAAAGUCAGGGGCACAUACAAGCCGGUUUGGCUCUUUAACUCAUUUGAGUUUGACCUGGACAAUGCCACCACUUGUGAAGUUUUUGACUUUACCACUAAUGCUUGGAUUUACGUCCUCCCUGCUUCUCCGUAUCGGAUUCUUGAUGGCCAGAAGCCUGUGUAUUUUGACGGGUCACUUUAUUGGUUAACCGAGUGUAAAGAAACCAAGUUGUUGUCUUUUGAUCUUCACACGGAAACUUUUCAAGUCAUCUGUAACGCACCCUUUUCCCAUGUACCUGACCCUCGCUUUGUCGUCUUGUGCAUCCUCGAUAACCGCUUGCAUAUAUCCCUCAAAAUCUAUCCCACCAAAACCCAAGUGAUAUGGUCACUCGGCGGCUACAACAUGAUGAUGACAUGGAAGCAAAUGUGUUCGAUAGAUCUCACCAAAACCACUUUUCAUGACCCUCCUCAUUUUCCCCGACCAGCACUGUUGCCAAUAGCUAUUGUAGACGAGACCAUAUUAUUGCUUGGUUAUAGGCGUGGUCCACCACUGGUGAUACAUGAUCUCCAUACCAAAUCCUAUGUUUUAGACUCCUUUCCUAAAGCCCCUGAAUAUCCUGUUUGUUAUUUCCCUAGUUUGUUCUCAAAUUAA